AUCAAAAUUUGCAGACACACCCCCUUAUACAGGACAAUAACAAAGAAAAGUAGUGUGUAAAUGUUUAUCUUCAAUUUCAAAGUAAAAGUCGGGUUAAAAAUAUGUUGAGGACAGUUUUUCUUCUGAGGCGACCUUUACUUUUGUUAAGGAAGCAACCAGUGGUUGUGACAAAUCAUUCAAAUUUCAUUAAAAGAACUUUUCAUCUACGGGUUUGUUUGUGUGCGCAAGAUUCGCCAUCCGUGGAAGUUUCACAUUCACACCCGUCCCUUCAUAAAUUAGUGAAGAAAAUUGUUGACGGCGUUGAAACAAAUUUUCCUGUAAAACAAAAUAUUAAAAAUGAUCUGGCUCAGCUUUGGGCGGCGAGAAUCAAGUUAGUCGAAGAUCUGGAACAACUUGAAAAAGAACUUUCGAAAGAGACCAACGAAGAGAUGAAGAUGUUAGCUGACGAGGAAAAGUCUAAUUUUUAUAACGAAAUUAAGGACAUUGACUCACAGAUGGUAGAUUUACUUCUGCCUUCUUCCACUUUGAGUUCUAAAAGUUUGUUCCUGGAAGUGACAGCUGGAGUCGGAGGACAGGAGGCGAUGCUUUUUGCAGCCGACAUGGUUCAAAUGUAUCAGGGUUUCCUGCAACACAGUGGUUGGGAAUUUGACAUUCUCGAGUUGGACAAAAGUGAUAUAGGUGGUAUUCGACACGGAAGCAUCAGUGUAUCGGGCAGAGGUGCAUAUGAAGUCCUGUGCUUAGAAGCCGGUGUUCAUCGAGUGCAAAGAGUGCCAAAAACUGAAAAGUCCGGACGAAUGCACACAAGCACUGUUACAGUGGCAGUUCUUGCACAGCCUUCUGAGAUAGAAGUCGUAAUUUCACCAAAAGACUUAAAAAUUGAGACUAAACGAGCCACGGGAGCUGGAGGCCAGCAUGUAAACACGACAGACAGUGCCGUUCGAAUUGUUCACCUGCCGUCUGGUGUGGCAGUUGAGUGUCAAAGUGAGCGCUCACAAAUUCAAAAUCGCUCUCUUGCAAUGCAGAAACUGCGGGCAAAACUUUACCAGAUGCAACUUGAUACACAGGAGGCAGACACAAAAUCAACAAGAAAACAACAGGUUGGCUCAAGUUUUCGAUCGGAGAAGAUUCGUACGUACAAUUUCCCUCAAGACCGAGUCACAGACCACAGAAUAGGUAAGACUGUGCACAACAUCCGAGGGUUUUUAGAGGGAGGCGAAAUUUUGAGCGAACUUGUCGAAGAGUUGAUGGCAAGGAAACGCGAGGAAGAUGUGAAGUCUUUUUUCAAUUCGCUGGAUUGAUAAAUAAAACCAUUGUGAUAGUUUAAAUUCCAUUUUUAUUGCUCUUAAAUAGUAAAAAGUUUCCAUUAAAAAACAAAUAACACAGAAUAUAAUAUUUUCCUCGUGUUAAAAACUAAACAAAGGAGUUUGGUAUGUAAACAUUUGAUGGAGGUGUAUGCGUCCAGUCUCCCAAUUGAGUGCAAAGUCUUUAUCAUGGCAUCCAAAUAUUUCAGAAUUAUUGCUUUUUAGCAGUUGAGAAAAUUUGGCAACAUUUUGUUUUACUGGUCAAGGUGCAUGAAUUGUUAUUUUCAGUGUGCCUAUCACAAUUAGUGUCAGUCGCAUUUUGCGAUCAUUUCCAUCUA